CUUAAUUAAAAGUGCCACGUGUCUAAUUUUUUAGUUUCUUAAAAAAAAAGUGUACUGUAUCAGUUAGCAAAACCACAUCUCACUACCCAGACAGCCGCCUUGAAACCGGUUGUGCGCUGUCGUCCCGCCGUAUUGCAACUCUCCGUCACCAGACGUCGGCCGUCUCUCAACCUCAGUAAAAUGAAGGCGUUGGGAUGGUGGCUGAUAGUUGUUGGAACUCUCCGAUUAGCCUCCGUGUGGUUCGGUUUCUUCGACAUUUGGGCUCUUCGACUCGCCGUCUUCUCCAACACCACCAUGACUGAAGUUCACGGACGCACAUUUGGAACUUGGACACUGUUGACCUGCACCCUCUGCUAUAUCUGUGCAUUCAACCUUGAUAAUAAGCCUAUUUACCUGGCUACGUUAUUGUCAUUUGUCUACGCGUUUGGUCAUUUCUUGACAGAAAACCUAAUUUAUCACACAAUGGCGAUUUCGAAUCUCACUACUGUCAGUAUAUUUGCAGGAACAUCGAUUGUAUGGAUGCUAUUGCAAUGGAAUACACACCUCAAAGUCCGCUCGAAGCCUUCUAAUAGAAAGCAUUAGCAAGCAAAAAAAGUCACGGACGAAAGUGCGAUGUGGUCGGUACUAUAUCGGUACUAUAUUAGACUCUGUUAGGAAAACAAACAGACACAGUUCUAAUAUCUUAUCCUUGUCCUUUUACUCCUCUUUAAGAGUAAUUUCUAGUUGUUACAAUUACAAUUAAAACAUUUGCUACACAUUGCUGAUAUACAAAAUUGAUGACAUUAUUGGAAUUGUGUUGCCUUCUGGAUAGAAUGACGCAGCUAUGCUAUUUUUCUUUAAAAGACAAACUUGCAUCAA